AUGCCCCGACUUGCGUCGCUUAAUAUAAGCGAUUUAGGGAUGAACAAAGAUGAUGAGCACUUUGCCGAUGGUGUGGCGUGUGUCCAAGCGUAUUGGGCAUUUUCCCUUGACAUGAGCCCGAAAGACCGCGAAACGUUGCGCAGGAUCAUCGUUGAUGGGGAAUAUAAACACACCUUUUCAUCUAGGAGGCACCCGUCGAGCCACCGCCUGUACAGAAGCAAGCUCGGCGCUUCGGUAGGAGGUUGGGUUGUCAUGCGGACGCUAUACAAGAAGUUGUCGUACGAAUACAUAAACAAGAUGACAGCAAGAGGGAUCACUGUUCCAACAAGAGAUCACACCGAACGAUACUUCGAAUUGAUGCCGCCUGUGACCAUGCCGACAGAGUUUAACAUGAAUACGGAGGACGCACGCCGCUACGCAGAAAACUUCCCGAAUUUGAGACAGAUACCAACCACGUUCCGGAGACUAGGCGCGGAAACCGGAAGCGCAACGGUGGCGAUGCUGGAGCAAAUGAACGCUCAAAUACUAAGGGAAUUUGCCCCGGUCGUAGCCCAGCCGACAACAGCACCAGCCCAGCAGGGCACCCAAGUCACAAGAAAGACACCGAGCAGACGGCGACGUGGCAGGCGACCGGGAGCAGCGUCGACAGUGGCUACUCGAACCGCUCCUGAGACGGUGAAUCUACAUACCGCCGACUAUAUGGUUGAGGAGGCAGCGAUACCGCAAAGCUUCACACCACUGGAUCCUCAAAUCACCGGUCAACCCGUGGAGAGCCGUGAAGUUAUGCCACCGGGCGCGGGCGCCGUCCCCUUGGCACCACCAGCGGCGUACAGCGCGGCCGUAGCACCCGAAAACAUAUUCCCGAAUGCUCGAGGCCGGGUCCGAAAUCACGAGGAAGUUUUUGGAAAUCGCAACAACGGAGUGACGUCCGACAACCAUGGCUCUGGAACAUUGCAGACGGCCGAUUUGGAGAUGGAUCCGGUGGCCGCUGCUCGCAGAGAGGGAUGGACAGAGGGAUGGGCAGAAGGAUGGGCAAAGGGGUGGGCAGAGGGGCGGGCAGAGAGGGAUCAAACGUUUAUUCCAUGGAUCAAUGCCAUGUUAGAAUUGGUUAAUGCGUUGCCGACGGAGUUGUUGCGACAGCGCCAGUAG